GGUAAAAUGGCAAAUCUCACGGUCUCGAAAGAAGAUUAUUCUCGAAAAAAAGGUGAUAGAUAUCCGGUUAAAAAACCUGAAGAUAAUGAUAUACUGAAAAGUAAAAGUGCCUUUGAUGGACAAACCUGUAACAGAAUCGACUUUAUACCUAAAAAAGGUGAAAGAUAUGAAAUAACUCGGCCUCGCAGUUCUGAUUUGUUGAAAGUAAGUGAUUUAACUUGUCAUAAGUUUGUAAUUUUACGAUUACGGAUCUACAAUAUAUCUGGCUUCCUUGACUAUACGCCAAAACUGAUAGAAUGCCCAGCUGGUGAAUUAAUUGGAUCUGUUGGUCAUGAUCGUUCAACGACCGAACAUUUCGAUUUUUACAGAGUUUUCGACGGUCAUCAUUUUUAUGAGCCGAAAAAAAUAAGAACCAAAUAA